AUGUAUGGGAAUCAGUUAUUAGCAGCAGUGGGUCUCGAUGCUAACAAUAAUAUAUUUCCGGUAGCAUAUGCCGUUGUUGAAAAGGAAACCAAGGAGACAUGGUCAUGGUUUUUAAAACACUUGGCUGGUGACUUAGACAUUGACGAUCAAGAAAGCUGGACCUUUAUGUCUGACAAACAAAAAGGUCUUGUUGAAGCAUUUAAUGAGAUUUUGCCAUAUGUUGGUCAUAGAUUUUGUGUGAGACACCUCCAUAACAAUUUUAAGAAGGCUGGAUUUUUUGGUUUGUCCCUCAAGAUGGUAGUUUGGGCUGCUGCAAAGGCUACGACUGCGAAGUUCUUUAAAAUAUUUAUGGAGAAGAUGCAUGAAUUAGAUGCAGAAGCCGCUGCAUGGUUGAAUGAAAAACCACCCACUGAAUGGUCUAAAUCACAUUUCUCUUCAGGUGCUAGAUGUGAUGUUUUGUUGAAUAAUAUGUGUGAAUGUUUUAACAGUAUGAUUCUUGAUGCUCGAGACAAGCCUAUCAUAACUUUGUUGGAGAAGUUAAGAUAUCUUCUUAUGGAUAGAUUCCAAGCGAAUAGGGAUAAAGCGAAAAGAUGGAAUUCAAGUGAUAUUUGCCCUCGGAUUAAGGACAUAUUGCACAAGAAUGAAUCUGCGGUAGCUGCAUUUAUUCCAAUAAAAUCGAAUCAGUGGAAUUAUGAGAUUCUUGGAGCAUCGAUUGCCGACAAUUGGGCUGUGGACCUACAAAACAGAAACUGUAGUUGUAGAAAAUGGACUAUAACAGGAAUUCCUUGCAAACAUGCAAUAUUGGCUAUUUGGGCUAAAAAAGAUGAUGUUCUUGAUUAUGUUGAUGAUUGCUAUAAAGUUGACACAUAUAGAAGAAUUUAUGAAAAAACCAUCUUUCCGAUUAAUGGAUCACAAUUGUGGCCUAAAUCAAACAAGGUUCCUCCUUUGCCUCCGAUACUUGUAAGACAAAACAAGAGGGGAAGAGAUCAGAAAUUGAGGAGACGAGAACAAGAUGAAGCGGGAUCAAGUAGAACAAGAAUGAAGAAAAAGCAAAUAUUUGUUAAUUGUAGCUUCUGUCACAAGCCUGGGUAUAACAUAAGAACCUGUAAAUUAAAAAACUAUGUGCAGUCUGAAGUGGGUGUAUAUGAGACAGCUUUUUGGAUGCCACCUAAUUCAUCAGUUCCCGAAAAAUUAUCGUUUUAUAAUACAAAAAUAACUUAUGGUACACUUGCAGAAAGUAUUGCUUGUUUUGAGGACAUAUGGUGGUGCUGCUAUUUUUUGUUCAAUGAACAUAGUGCAACUGCCUUUUCUUUUUUUGUGAAAAGGACAGAUGCUGCUGCUGCAACAAUGGUUCUUAUGGUGAUUUGGUACUUUAAUCUAACAUAUGGACCAAUAGUUAUUAGGGAUGCUACUAAGUAUUUUUUUAUAGGAAGAAUUGUAGAGAUCAUUCAAAAAGAUUUAUUGGCUAGUGUAAGAUGUGUCCCUGGGAGUGCAGGGCAGAACUGGGAACUAGACACAUGA